AUGGAUCAUCUUCAUGCACCAAGUCCUGAAGAAACAAUAUCAGUGGAAUUCAAAUCAAAUAUCAGUUCUGGUGCAACAAUAUCGCAUGAUCCACCACGACGUAUUAUUCAUCAGGCUUUAUUAAAUGUAAAUAAAAAUGAUGCUUCAGCUGUUCCAAACUAUUCAUCAGCACAAAGAACUAUUGAACGAAAACGAAAAAAACAAGAUUUACCAUUGUCACGACCAACAUCAUUUAAUGAUAUUCUUAUUCCUGAUGCACUUAAAGUAACUAAUGGUGGUAAUCGAUUUUUACUGUAUAAUAAUGAAGAUCCUGACCAUAGAAUGAUUAUAUUAUCAUCUGAUGAUGAUCUUGAUUGUUUAUCAAAUUCUGAAAAUUGGCAUUGCGAUGGAACAUUUAAGACACGUUUUAUAAUGCUUAUUAACUCUUAA